GGCUGAGCGGCGACACAGUGCUGGACGACAUGUGGAUGUGGGACGGGGAAGAAUGGUCGCAAAUUCGCUACGACAAAACCACGGAACCGAUGCCCGCGCGCUGCGGCCAUUCAGCUUCUGCUUGGGUGCAUAAGAAGCACAAGGAGCCCUGUGUGUUCUUCUUCGGGGGUGACACCACAGGUAGAGGAGGAUCCUCGAACGAUGUUUGGAUCUAUUCCUUGAAAACGAACAAAUGGAAGCACGUUACUGCAUUUGCAGGAAAUGCGCCGGCUCCGCGUUUCGGGCAUAGUUCGUGUGUCUUUGACUCAAACUGGGUCAUCAUCAGCGGCGGUUACAGCGGGGGCUGGAUCUCCAAUUACGUUCUCUCAGACAUGCACACUUAUGACUUGCAGGCGAACUGUUGGUUUAGUGUGGAGUUGUGCGGUAUGAAGUCAACGACUUGCUUGACCCAUUUGGUGUUGAUAUCACCGACUCGAACGGUUUUUUCUUUUGGUGCGCAUGACCCAGAAACAGGCGUGGGACCGGUGUCCUCGGACGUUUACCGAAUGUCUCCUUUGAUUACUUAUGUCAGCUUCGCUGCGCUGCGUAAUCAAGUAGAAAGUAUGAGUGAAGUCAUAAACCUCAGCUUUGACUCGCAAAGCGAAGGCGUCGGCAGAGCCAUUCGCAAAGUGGAUGCGCUGAUGAAGCGGCUUGAAACGGUAGAGAAGGAAAUCGAAGGACUCAGGAAUGCCAAUGAAUAUCUCACCAGACAGCUUGAAGCAGUUCAAGGGUCUCACCAAAAGAGAAUGGAUGGGGAAGAUGAGGACGACGAAGAAGAGGCGGACUUUCAGGUCAACGACGACAGAUGA